ACCGGGCGGAUCACACGAGCAGUAGUGAACGAUCCGUUCGGUUGACCGUUUGGGCCAAAAGAAAGCCAGUCAAAGAAGAAUCGUGCGUGUUCCGAGAGUUCCAUCUGAAGGGAGGGUUCAAGAGUUCCUCCGAGAACGAUCUGCAUUUAGUGUCUCCGCGCCAGGUUCCCCAAACAGAAGGUCCCGUUCGGUUUUAAAUUUUGAGCACGGUUCGUGAUAAAACUAGCUAGUCAACCCCAAAUCCCCACGCUUCAAGCUUUCUAUUGGGUACACAGAAUCACAAAAGCAUCAAGAUGAGUCGUCGUCCAGGACUGAGGACCCGCGUCUAUGCCUCUAAUCUUGGCAUGGUCGAGAACAACUACAAGGAAGCCCUGGCCCGACUGGAACGCAGCCGAAGACCAGCUUCGGCCGAUCGUGAGCAACAAACCCGGCUGUCUCCUUUUGCCACCAGCAAGCCACUGUACGACUUCAACGGCGACGAUUUUGACGAGACGCUGCAGAUUGCCCGGUCUCGCGCCUCCAAGGUCAUCCACGAGAAGUCCUCGAUUGACAACUGUUCGGAGAAGCUGCGUUCGGUCAGUCUGGCUCCGGCUCCGGCCUUGCUGGACAACGAAUUCGACGAUCAGGUGCAAGCUACCCUGAACCGAAUUCGGGCCAACAAGAACCUGCUGAGCCAGCUGCAGGCCGAAGACGCUCUGGAACAGGUCCGCAGCGAAACUCGCUCAAAACUCAGUGAACAGUCGAGCAAAAAGCUAGCAGAAAAGUUCUCCAGCAGCUUGGAGAACGGAUUCGACGAUCUGGCCUCAUCGGACAAACAGUCGGUCCGCAAAACGCUGAAGAUUAGAGCGGCCGCUACUGAAAGCUCUGCCAAGAAUUCCGCCGUCAGCUGGAAGGAUGAAACCGCGGAAUCGUUUGCGGCAAAACGGGCCACCGCGACCAAGGCCCGGCUGCAGGAUCUGGACCAGGAAAUCUCGGACUUUGAGGAACGGGCCGCAGCUCGGGCUCGCCGAUCGGCCCAGCUCAAGAAGCUGAUCGCCGAAACCACUUGCGAGGAUGUGAUUCCGGCCGGAACGACCGAAAGUGCUGGCCACAAGGUCACCACCGGAAUGGUCAAGUUCAAAUCCCAGAAGAAGGUGGUCACAUUCUAAGCUGAAAAUUAACAAAUAAAUGAACUGUGCACUAGCUGGUAAAUAAUUCUUCUUCCUAGGAAUGUCUAAAAAUUUUAAAUCACAAAUGAACCAUGUAAUUUUAGCGUGUAAGAUGAUUUUGAAAUUUAAUUUCCUUCAACUGACAGCACUUGAAGAUCCCAAAUCGUAAUAAAUCUAUUUCUAUUAUGCGUACGUAUUGUUGAGUAGAUUUGAUGGUGAAAAAUUUCAUUAAAAAAAGCACAACCGUGACUUGUAAAUAGAGAUUAACAGUUUCCGCUACUCGGUUUUAAUCUUUUUUUUUGCAAAACAAAAAAGCAUUACGCAAUCCGUUAUAUAAAUAAAAAAGACCCCGUGUUGUGAGUAACUUACUAAUGUAGAUUAAAAAAAAAUGAAAAAAAAAUGUACCAAAUUUUUUCCGAUGUCACGACAUGAUAGAUGAGAACCGCAAUCAAUCGUCAGUUGACAUGAAAACAAUAUUGAAGGCGAACAGGUACGAAUAAAGUUGUGCUCAACCCUCCCUCAGAACGAGAUGAAAAUUAAAAGUGACCAAGCAUGACACUCACUUAUUUAUAAACAAACCAUUCAAGCCGAACAGAAGAGCAAACACCAAAAGAAAACAAGAAACAAAAAUGGAUGGCUCAUUAGUAAAGUUUUUUUUUAUUCGUUCAUUUUUAUUUUCGGUUGAUACGUAAUCGUUUUACUUAUCUUGUAGGCUAGCGAAAGCUUGAAGUGCGACAGCAAGAAACAAUUAUAAUAUUUUUUCUCUUUAUCGUUUGUAAGUGUAACAUAAACAUUUCUGAAGAUGAAUCACAUUCGUGCUUCUUUAAAGCACUGAGACAGCAUUUCUGUCCGUUUUGUUUCACUACGUGUAGGGAGUUGAAUUAGAGAAAAUAAUUGUGGGAAAAUGUUUUUAACUUCUUGAUUUUUAUCACAAAUAAAUGCUACCAAAUCUA